AGCCGAUAUAUAAAGAAGCCGCAGGAUACGCCCACUCAUCAUAUUCGACUCAAUCUCUAAGUCUCAACAACCAACGGUUUACCAAUACUAUAGCCAGCAUGACAUCUCAUCAGGAAGUGAACCCUUACACCUACGAACUUGUCCAGGAGAUCGCAGACAAUCUUUUGGAGAAGGUAAAAUCACUAGGCAAGCCCUCCGUACUGAUUAUCUGCGGUUCUGGUUUACAACAUCUAUCCAAAACUCUUUCAGAUCAGAUUGCAAUCAGCUAUACAGACAUCCCUCACUUCCCCGUCAGUACCGUCGAAGGACAUGCUGGAGAGGCCGUAUUCGGUAAGAUCGGAGAUACCGUGGUAAUGUGCAUGCGUGGCCGAUUCCACUGGUACGAAGGCUACAGUCAGUACGCUGUAACCCUUCCCGUCCGUGUAGCCAAACUUAUGGGCGCAGAGCUGCUUGUAGUUACAAACGCUGCCGGAGGUUUGAACCCAAAGUACAACGUAGGCGAUAUCAUGGCCAUCGAGGAUCACAUCAAUUGGGUAGGUAACGCUGGAAACAAUCCCCUCAGAGGCCCUAAUGACGCCCGCUGGGGCCCCCGUUUCCCCGCCACCGGACAGUGUUACACUGAGGAAUUGCUUGAUACUCUUGACGAGGUUGCGCAGGAGCUUGGUAUUUCGAAGGUCAUGCAUAGAGGAACAUACAUGUACAACAGUGGACCUUGCUAUGAAACGCCCGCUGAAGCGAGAAUGUUAGCCACCUUCUCCGACGCUGUCGGUAUGUCGACCGCACCUGAGGCCGUGAUCGCACAUCACUGCGGUAUGCGAUGUGUAGGGCUUACCCUUGUCACCAACUGUGUAAUCACUCGCCGUGACAGCCACGAUAUACCCACACACGACGAGGUGUUGGGAGCCGCUAAUAAGACGGCAAAGGACAUGCAGGAACUGGUUACAGGCCUAAUCAAGAGUGCUUUUUAGUAAAAAACCAUAUAACAAGCACCAAUUCGAGUGCAGAAUAAAUCAAUUUCUAAAGUAUGAGCACGA